AAGCACCACACGACCCGGUAAAACAUCAAACAAGAGGCAAAACCAAACUCACCUAACUCAAUUCAGUACCUCCGCCAUCGCGAGCGAGAGACGCCGCGUUAACCGCGCUUUUGACCAUAGACAAAACGGAUAUUAUCCCGAAUCUUCCCGCGAAAAGAUGCGGUGGCUUGCCAUAACAGUUCUGGUCACUGCUGUCGCUGGUCAGGAGCCAUGCUUGUCUGUGGACGAGAACCCGUACCUCCUGUUUGGCUCGAAGACUGCCUACCUCUUCGCCAACCAUGCUCUGAAUACUAAUAGAGUACACGAAAUACCUGGUUGUCAACCCACUGCUUUUUGGCUGGCAAGCAGACACGGCUCCAACAACCCCGAGGCCAGUGAAAUACCCAAGUUGCAACAUCUGACUGAUCUCAAGAAUAACAUUCUCGACAAUUACAGGAACAGAAAUUUUAGGAACACUAAUAGAAAGAUCUGUUCUACCGACGUUGAGUUGCUGGAACGAUGGCAGUGGAACCCAUACAUCAACACCACAUUCGCAGAAGGGCUCACCAGCGAGGGCUACAUGACAACGCAGCAGCUCGCUAGAGCCUGGAAGCAGAGGUACCCAGGACUUCUUACUGACAAUCCUCAUGAUUACUUGGUAAAAUACGUGGACGAACCGCUUUACAGUGCAAGCUUCAGAGCAUUCACAGAUGGAAUGUUCCGAGGGCCAACUGAAGGGUUGGAUAUACCGAAAGAAAAUGACGAGAAAACUAUAAGGCCGUACAAAUUCUGUCCGGCGUGGAAGAACAACGUUGGAGAAAACAACGACACUCUGUCCCAAAUGCACAUAUUUCAAUCAAAGCAGGAAUACAAAGAGAUGAUAACCAACAUAUCUCUAAGGUUGGGAUUCAACUAUGGUAUAAAUCCAGAAAUAGUGUACAGCAUGUAUCAAAUGUGCCGAUACAACAAGGCAUGGGACAAUGCAGCCAUCUCGCAAUGGUGCGCGGCUUUCACCAGAGAAGACCUGAAGCGCAUAGAGUAUGCUGAGGAUUUGGAGACAUAUUACAAGUACGGGUACGGCACGCCUCAAAACCAGAACAUUGGCUGUUCCCUUCUGAGAGACAUGAUGGGUUUCUUCACCAAGCACAUUGAAAACGACCCCCAGCCCCAACAGCCCCGAGCACAAAUCAACCUGAUAGAUUCCCCAAUGCUGCUGAUGCUGCUGACCGCGAUGAACACCCACCAGGACACCGCCCCCCUCACCGGCGACAACUACCAUACAAGCCCGAUACAGGCUCGCAAAUGGACCACGUCUAAAAUGUCACCAUUCAACGCCAACGCAGCUGCUAUACUUUACAAGUGUACAAUAAACGGAAAUUUCCAGGUGAAAGAACGAUAUCAGGUACUUUUCCUAGAGAAUGAAUACCCUAUGUACGUGGAGGGAUGCAGGGUCGGACUCUGCGACUGGUCAUACGUCGUCAACAAAUUUGGGGCGCUCGCUAAUACCUGCGAUUUGAAAUUCUGUAAUAGUGCUGUAAAGAUUAACGGUUUUUCAGCUUUAUUCGCGGUUUUGGUUUAUUUUGGUUUAAAAUUAGUUUAAUGUAUUGAAACAUGUGAUUUAACUAUUUCGUUUGUUUAGUCAUAACAAUUCUUUCCAUAUACUUGAAACAAUGUAGCCUACCUUUUCUUAUUUUAACUACGCGUUCUUUCAAAUCUAUCAGUGUCUUUCAAAGUUACAGUGGUGAGAAUAUUUAAUAUAUUUUAAAUUAUUUAAUAUUAUAUAAUUUUAAAAUAAUAUAUACUUUGAAAACCAUUAUCUUACGCUUACGCACUACUUACUGAAUCACGAGUUACUUAGAUUGAAUAAUUUUGUUCAUUUAUCACCAAUAUUUUUGACACUGGAAAAAAAAAUUCUUUAACUUUUAUGGACAUCUAUAUCCUAAUAAUAAGGAAUUACAUUUAUAUUGUUUGCCUGUGUAUAACUCUAACACUUCAAAUAAGCUACUUCAACUAGCUAACGGUUAAAACUUCACGCACAUACCUAACUUGUGCCAUAGGUUCGUUCUUUUAGAAUUUAUUCGUUGGACUCAUAAUUUACCUAAUUUAUUUGUUAAUAUUUUUACAUGAGUAUAUAUGAUUUUAUUUAUGAAGAAAUAUAAGUUUGUAUUUUUUAAUAUUUCAUGGUACUUUUACAUUAUACUUUAGUACCUACCUGUUUUGUAAAAUUGUAACCUAUUUUAAUAUAAUCGUGAUCAUAAUUUUUACGUAUAAAUAUUCAAUUGUCUAAUAAAAAUUGCCAUAUAUUUAUUUGGCAAUUGGAUAUAAGAAAAAUUAAAAAUAUUAUUAAGUACUUAUUAUAGUUCAGUUAGGACACUGAUGUUGAAAAUAAGAAAAAAAAUAAGUAUCAAUAAAGUGAUACAGAUAAUAACAAAAAUCUCAUUUAUAAAUCUAAUAAUAUUCUUUAUUGUGUCUGCUUACCCCUUAAAUCACAGUAUGUGGAGUAUAUUUUUUUUAUACCAUAUCUGAGGCUUACUCCUAUGGAAGAGAGGGCAAUAAUACCUAUAAUAUUUUGUUUUAUACAUCUUACUAAUACAAUAAAAUUGUAACCAGACGAUGUUUGUUCCGUUUCACGCAAAAACUGCAUCAAAUUGAAUACGGUUUUCACGCUUAUAUUCUUGAAGGACUAACUUAAAAUCAAUGAAGUUACACUUGAAAUAAAUUCCAAUAGAUCGAUAUUUGAACUGAAAUGUUUCACAUUCUCUAUUUCCAAUACUAGUGACAUAUCUGUUCUAUACUGUUCUGGUAGAUGCAUAUUAGUGCAAUUUGCCAAUGGAAACUAUUGCAAACCGAUCCCAAUUCUAAUUUCUAAUUGUUGUUUCAUGAGUGCAGUACAAAAUUGUCAUUGGCAUUAGAUUGGAAUAACAUCGAUAUUAAAUUCAAGAGUAAGCCUGUUGGUGUAUGUUUUAUCUUGAUAGACCAUCUAAAAGAGGUCUAUAUAAUUGAUUUUCAUGCUUCUGAAGUUCAAGCGUAUAAAGUAGCAGACAUGAAUGUAGUUUAUAAAAUACUUUCUUACACUGUAAUUUUAAGUGUAAAUCCUAUGGUGUCCUAUUUAGGAAGGGUCUUCCUAUUUCAUUUCAUAUUAUUUUCAUUUUAUUACUUUCGUAAUUUUAAUAUGACAAAUACUUCUUAAUAUGAACAAUGUGAAUUCUGAAUGUCCUUAGAGUGCAUAGUUAUGAUAAAAACUAUAGACAUAGUAUGACGUAAAUACUAUUUAAGAUUACCUAUAGCAAUUGUACCAGCGUUAUCUGUCCACUGCUGAACAUAGACUUCCCAAAUAAGUGAUGUUUCGCCAGCAGUUGGCACCCUUGGCAGGCGGGUUGGUAAGUUAGGUUUUGGUGAUGUUGCCCAUCCCUCGACCAUUAAGUUAACUUAAUCGCCUCUUACGAUACCCACAGAAUAGGAAGGUAUGGCCCAUUCUAUGUUAGAACCACACGAUAUAUAGCAAUAGUAAAUUCUAUUCCUAUAGUUAUCUUAAAUAAUAAAUACAGUGCUUGCAUAGCUGUGUUACGGUUUGAAAUUACUAGCCACGAAGGCAUAAGUCCUCAGGAAUUUGCUAUUCGUGGCAUCAACACGUGGGCAUCACAAUGUAUUCUGCGAUGUCUACAGUGCAGUUUAAGUUUAUAGAUAAAAAUUAUUAUUUUCUGUCCGACAGGCAGUCGGCUUGUUUGCUAUUUUAGUUUCAUAAAAAAAAAACGUUGUUACCUGCUUCGGUUCUGCCAGAGGAUAUUUUCUAUUAAUAUUCAAUAAUUUCUCAUUACGUAACUUAUAUGUUAUGUGCAACUAAUAAUUGUUACUUUUUUACAUAAUAUUUAGAAACAUCGCUUGUAACAUAUUAAAAAUACCUACUGUGCAAAAAAUUAUAUCAUAUUGAUCAAAUAACGUCGGAUUUCCGCCAAUUUAAGUCCAAAGACACAAACUAAAUAUAACAAUGUUAGCAUUUAAAUAAUAAGUUUUAUAUUAAAAUAGUUAUUUUAAUUUUAAUAUUGAUGUUAAUGUUGGUAAAUACAUAAAUAGUUGUAGACAAGUGGCAAACGAAAAUAUAUCACACCUACUUGUUAAUUGUUUAUUCUAUUCUUUAGGCUUAUCAUAAAAUAGAAUUUGACUUUAAUUGACUGUUGCAUCGUAACCAUAAUUUGUUGUAUUUUUGCAGUGUACUUUUUUAAUUUUUCUUCUUCUUUUCAAUCGACUUCAAAAAGAAGGAAAGUAUUCAAUUCGGUUGUAUUUUUUUUUUGCUGCCGUAGAAAUUUUAUUAACGUCAGUUUAAUAGUUUAUUUUUUUAAAUUAAAAUAAAUGGUUCUUCUUAAAUUAUCUUCCUUUUUUCUUCACAUACACACUUUCAAACAUAUGUAUCCGUUAGAAAGAAUUAUCAAGAAAUUUUAAUAUGUUAAGUGAACGUAAUUAAUUUGUUCGUAACAAAUUGUCAAUGAUAAUCAAAUGUGUAAAAUGGAACGAAAUAAUUUAUUUAAAAAGGAUAUAGUUUCCCAAUUGUCUACAGCACUUGUCUAUUCCCCGCAGUGUAUGUGUUUUUUCAUUACUCUGUUAUUGUUGUAACUAUCACCAAAUAGAUAUUUGUGGAAAAUAA